AUGGGCCCGCGCCGCAGCCACCGCAAGUCGCGCCUGGGCUGCCAGCAGUGCAAACGCCGCAAGAUCAAGUGCGACGAGGCCCCCCCGCCGUGCGCCAACUGCCGCAAGCACAACAUCGCCUGCUCCUUCGCUCCGCCCUCGUCCUCCACCACCGCCGCCGCCGCUCGCACAACGCCGACGACCACCACCACCACCACCACCACCGCCUCCUCCUCCAGCGCGCCGCUGUCACCCCUCUCACCCCCCACCACCACCACCACCACCUCCUCCCCCCCCGCCGACGCGCUCCACCUGCCCGACCUCGAGCUGCUGCACCACUACACCGCGCACACCUACCGCACGCUGUCCUACAACAACGAGCACAAGGCCAUCUGGAAGCACUACAUCCCGCGCGAGGCCCUGUCGCACCCGUUCCUCAUGCACGGCCUGCUGGCCCUGGCCGCCCUGCACCUGGCCGCCGCCGCGCCGCCCGCCGCGUCCGCCCGCUACACCGAGCGCGCCACGCGCCACCAGGACCGCGCCCUGGCCGCCUUCCGCCCGCAGCUGGCCGCCAUCACGCCCGCCAACUGCCACGCCGUCUUCGCCUUCUCCAGCCUGACCGCCGCCCUGGCCUUCGCCUUCGCCCGCUCCGCCCGCCACCACCGCCCCGCCAGCGCCCCCGCCGAGCCCGUCACCCAGGUGCUGCACGACUUCUUCCUCUUCCGCGGCGUCGAGCGCGUGCUCACCACCUUCUGGGACCUCAUCCGCCAGGGCUGCCUGGGCCCGCUGGUGCACCGCCCCGCCGACCCCGCCCGCCUGCGCCCGCUGCCCGCCGACGUCGCCGCCGCCCUCGACUACCUGCACGCCUGCAACGCCGCCGCCGCCGCCGCCGAGAGCGCCGCCUACGACCACGCCCUGCGCGAGCUGCGCGUCUCCUUCGAGCGCGCCCCCACCAGCUGGGAGUCCGUCUUCCGCUGGCCCGUCGUCGUGCCCGACGCCUACCUCGCCCACCUCAAGGCCCGCCGCCCCAUGGCCCUGGUCAUCCUCGCCCACUACUGCGUCAUCCUGCGCCGUCUCGACGCCUGCUGGUGGUCGCAGGGCUGGAGCGGCCAGCUGCUCGAGGCCAUCUUCCGCUCGCUCGACGUCGCCUGGCGCCCGCUGCUGCAGUGGCCCGUGCACACCAUCGGCCUGGCCGACAAGCUGGCCGACAUCCCAUAA